UUUAAGUAAGACAAUACGAACGCGUUAAGAGUGUGUCCAUUUAAAAUUUAAUUUAUUUUUUUUUACAAUUAUUAACAAAAUAAAAGAAAAAAUAUAUUUUAAUAAUAUUUUUUUCAUAUAACUCAAUUAUUACAUAAAAUUAUAUAGGAUCAAAUAUGUCAACACAAGAAUCUGCAAGUUUAACAGAAAAUCAAAGUAAUGAAAAUGUUCACAAGGAACCAUCAUCUGCAACUAGUAAAAGAGAAGCAAGUUGGCCAUUUGUUUUAUUUUAUAUUCACUUGAAUAUCUUAGGUUUAUAUGGCCUUAUAGUUUUAUUUACAAAUACAUCAUUAACUACUGUGAUAUUCACAUUCAUUCUUACUUUCCUUGGAAUAAUUGGUACUACGGCAGGUUCACAUAGAUUAUGGGCACAUAAUACUUAUAAAGCUAAUAAAGUUUUAAAAAUAUUUUUAAUGUUAUGUCAAACAAUGGCCGGACAGGGUUCAAUUUAUAAUUGGGUACGUGCCCAUAGACUUCAUCAUGAGAAAUUUAAACAAGAUGAUGAUCCAUUUUAUAGUAAGAAGGAUUUUUUUUCUGCACAUGUUACAGCUCAACUAAGAGGUUAUAGUGUAGAACAAGAAAAAAUGUUAGAAGCAGUUGAUAUGAAAGACUUAGAAGAGGAUGAUGUUGUAAUGUUUCAAAAAAGAUUCUAUUGGAUUUUAUAUUCUAUAUUAUUUGUAUUAUUACCAAUUAAUGCACCACUUGAAUAUUGGGGUGAUAAUGUUUCAGCUGCUAUAUUUGUAGCAUUUUCUUUACGUUAUUUAAUCGUAUUAAAUGUUAGUUGGUUAAUAAAUUCUGGUCAUUUUAUAUGGGCAUUGGAUAAAAAUCAAAAAUCAUCAGAUUCAAAUAUGAUUUUCUUUGUAACAAAAAGCUAUUGGCCUGAAUAUCAUUAUAUGCUACCAAAAGAUUAUCAAGUUAAUGAAUUUGGUGGUUAUGGAACUGGUUUUACAACAAUAAGUAUAAGAGUUUUUGCAUCUUUAGGAUUAGCAUCUGAUGUUUUUACAAUUACAACAAAUGCCGUUAAACAAGGUUUAAUGAAUGCUAUUGAUAGAAAGAAAACUGGAGUUGAUGAAAAGAAAACUAUUUCUGAAUCAAUUAUGGAAUGUGCUAUUAAAGAUUUUGAAAAUUUACCAUAUGAUCAUUAUAUAAAUAAAAAAGUUUUGGUCUAAAAUAUUUUUUAGGAUUAAUAUUUUAAAUAUUUAAUAAAAUAAAUAAUGUUAUUUUUGUUUUUAAUAAAAUAUUUUAAUAUUGAACUUAAAAUGAAAGGAAAA